AUGCCUAGCCGAUUUUCUAGUAAACGUGCUCUUUACUUUCGUGGUUUGUCAUUUCCUCCGGGAGAGCUCUUCAGCAGCCAGCCCCGGACGGAACGCAUCUACCAACUCUUUUUCGGUCCGGGCUACACGGAGGUUGACCUUCGCGAGAAGAUCCAGGAACUGAGGGCACGAACGACAGGCAUACUUUCCACAAUGUUCUCAACGUGUCUCGCAAGAGUCGAGACUUUUGUCUCAGUUCAGAAUUCCGUGCUGGGAUGGGAAGUUGUGGCCGGAGAUCUCAAAGAGUCACAUGGCUCAAGCCUUGCCGGGCCCGAGGUCGAAGAGCUUGUGCGCGUCUAUGCAGACGCGAGAGGCGCCUACGUCCGUGCUGCCGGAGAACGUGGUGUCGACCACACCUCCGACGACGCUGACGGGCUCAUCGCCCUGAUCGACCAGUGGCUCGACGCGACCGGACACGGACAGGACCACUGGCAGCCGCUCGCUGGAAACGACGGCGCACACCUCUUGGUUUUUCGCCCGGCGCCGCUGGAAAACGCCAUGGCUCGGUUCGAUUUGCAAGACCGGCCGGGAAUUUCCCAGCAACCCGCCGACAACCAAGACUGGCCCCCCAAGCACCUUGCCCCGGCCGACGCCCAGCUGCUAAAGCAUCCCAAAAUGCAGCAGCAUCUAGCAGGCAUCUACUGGCAAAACAAGGCCGCGAUGCCCAACUUACCCGGCGAGAAUACCGAGCCCCUUGGGCUGCGCCUAUUCGUCACUUGGCUUGGCUUAGCCCACACCACCCCUGGAAGCACCGCCGCCCUGUACUUGGCCCCCGUCGCUUUUAUGAAUAACCGGGAAAGAAAAGAUUGGUACGAUGCUUCGGGGCAGCAGGCAAAGUUGUUUGGCCAUACCGAUGACUUCCUCGAGUACGCCGCCGAGGCUUUCAGAAGCGGCAAGAAGACCGUGAUGGGACUCUUCACCCCAUUCUUCGCUAUCCUCCAUGAUGCAAGGAGCAUUACCAACCAAGGGGCCGAUAGCGCUAACUCCGCAGGGUACUCACCGCGCGACGUGUUCAACCAACACCAUAAGCUUCGCCGUUUUGGGUGCGCCGUCCUUAUCAGACACAUCCAACGAAAUGGAUCACAGGCAAUCCAGGUGGUUUUGUUCUGCCCCUGGGACAGGCACCGGUGGAUCAAGGAGGCGUGGGAAGAGUAUGAGUGGCGCCUUCUUCUCUGGAAGGAGAGUCUCCUCAACGCGGUGGACACAUGGGCUACCGGGCACGGCGUCAGCAGCUGUGAUGGAUAUACGGGCGGAUCACGGUUUACCCGGAAGGAUAGGGAGCCGGACUCGGUGGAGAUGUGCGCGCAGUGGCUUCAUGAUGUGAUGACGGCACCUAACAAGACCAUUCCGAGGGCCGCAGAGGAGGGUGGCGAAGAGACGGAGGCUUGGGAGUGGGGAGGAGUUGUGUCGGUUCACAAGACUUCAGAACUGGCUAGGCCGCGCGGGUUGAGGGAGGACGGGACGCAAGGGGCUGUUUGCCAAAAGCGGAAGCUGAGUUGCUUGUUGGUAUUUUGCGGAUGAUACGAUCG